AUCCAACUAUAAGUCGCACCUUUCAUUAAAGUUACCGACCUGCUUACUGUCAACAACCGCAACCUGCCAAGCGUCAUGCAAGUCCAAGUGCAGGACGAUGUGUUGCCGGCGCAAGUGGAGCAGAGCCCGUUGUCGGCAUACUCCCAUGUGGAGGAAGGAUCACUAGGUGAGGACGAUCGUGACCAGCAGCUUCUUGAAUCGAUUCGACAUCCAUGGUACUGGCGGUUGUUCCACAUUGCCGAAGGCACGGCAACCAUUGUCGACACUGACGGACGCAAGACUCGCCGGGCUCGUAGCUCCGCCAACUCCCUCGAACAUCCCAUCGUCGCCAGUUUGGUGCUUCAGUUUCCUUGGAUUGGACUGUCGCUGUUGUACUUUUCCGUGUUUGAACUCAUGACGUCGUACUUGACGUCGAGGGGUGUGCACUACUUUGUACCUCGGUACAUGCGUGCGUUCCUCACAUUCGCGCUUGCCCCCCUCGUCGGCGCCGCGUCCGACCGAUGCACGGCGAAAGCCGGUCGCCGCAACCACUUUGUACGUCCACACUGUCCCCCUUUCCCAUGAAGACACAUGCUGUGUAGUUGAUGCUCGCCACACUCAAGUUGGUGAUUUCCGUCAUGUUUCUCGGAGGUUCAUUGUCCAUCUUUGGCGACCACCUGUUUCUCUUGUCCAUCAACAUUGCCGUGAUCAUCUGGGGCACCGUGUCCAUGGAGGUAGCAGUCCGAGCACGGGUGUUUGACGAGAUCCCCAAGGAAUACCAGGUGCAUGCCCAUGCAUGUGGAUCCAUCUGGCACAGCGUGGGAGUAGCGCUUGGGAUGGUGCUGGUCGGUGGCGGGGCCAAGGUCGUGUACGGCGACCAAAUCACCGAGGACGUGAUGCUCUUCACGUGUGGCAUCGUCGUCACCGCGAUCCUCGUGACCGUCGGCGUGUCCAUGUACUUGAAACCCGAAAAUAUGCUGUACCAAGAACGCAAGCAUGUCGUGUCCGUCGAGCGCUUUUUCACUGAAGUGUGGGAUGUGAUUACCGGCGCGCCCAUGGAAAUCAAGCUCAUGUGUUUGCUGCAAUUGAUUGUCUGGAUGGCGUGGUUUGCAUUGGACAAUCAAAAGUACAAGUGGUGGGCUGAGACCGUGUUUCGGGGGUGUCCGGUGCUUCAAAGCAAUGCCACAAGUGCUGACGGCGUGGGCUGCGAUGGACAUGGCGUGGAUUUGUACAUGGAAGGACUGGACAUGGCGCGGCAUGCAGUUCAAGGCCUCUCGGCAGUCGCGUUCACGUCAACUUUGACGUUCUUUUGGUGGAUACCGCGAAACCCCACUGGCGCGUCGUUGAAACAAGUCAACUUGACGUACAUGACCCUCGGCGUCGUGAUGCUCGUGGUGGCGGUGGCGGUGGGGUCGGCGUCGCACGCCGUGUCGUUUAUAGCGUUUGUGAGCUUGGGAGGGUACUUUGCCACUGUGAACAUCCUUCCGUUUGCCAUGACGGGAAUUAUUGCCAAAGACUUUAUGGACGCGACCGACCGGUUCAACAACAACGGGUUGUACGUGGGAUUGCUCAUGCAGUUUUCAUGCUGCGCCAAGUUUGCCGUCGAAAACUACAACACAACGUCCAUCUCGUCCCUUGGAUCGGACAACAUAUUAGCGUUGCCCUUGCUGCUAUUCGUGGCGUCGACUGUAUUUACGUACUAUAACAAGUACGACGUUUAACGGACGCCGCGUCGUCGAUAAUGUAGUUGCCUCUGCUCCAAUCGGAAUGAUUCUAUAUAUAUACAAUACUACUAGUA